CCGAGCUGCUCUUUCCCAGGGAGGAUUCUCCACCCCGUCCUGGGUGGGAUCUCGGCUGUCCUGCUUAAAGCCGAGCAGAUGGGGUUGGAGUUCAGCUGCCCCAGGCAGGACUUGCUGGCUUGCAGGGACACGGGAAUAACUUCUGCACAGGACAGUGACCCGCUGCAGCUGCCUCUCCCCAUGGAAGAAAUUGAAGCCAGAGAAGCCUGCGACUGGCUGAGAGCUGCUGGAUUUCCCCAGUAUGCUCAGCUGUUUGAAGAUAUGCAGUUUCCCAUUGAUGUAAAAACUGUGAGGAGAGAUCAUGAAUUUUUAGAUGGAGAUGCCAUUGAAUCACUGUUCAGAAGGUUGAACACAUUGAACAAGUAUGCAUCAAUGAAAGUGGAAAUAAGCCGUGAUAGGAAACGGAGUGACGACUCAGAAGAUGAUGAACCUUGUGCAAUAAGUGACAGAUGGGCUUAUGAGAGGUGCAGCCAGCGGUGGUCUCGCAUCGAGAGCCUGGCAGGAUUCCCAGCAGAGGAAGGGGCUGGUGCUCCCACCCCAGGCAGCCCAGUGCUGAAGAUCAUCAACAACGAGGAUAAUGUCUUUCUGGAUCAUGGUGAGAAGCACGAUGUGUCCUCAAUUCACAGCACCAGCAGUGCUGACAGUGACAUUGUUAACUCCCAAAAACCUUUUGAAGAUGUGGAAACCAGCACGAGCUCCUCAAGAUGUUCCUCAGUUAAGGUACCUUCACUGGACUCUGCUUUUAGUUGUUCUCCUCCCCCCGGUGAAUUUUUAAAUAUCACCUGUGAGGAGAAGCUUUUGGAUAAGUCACCAUCCAAAAAGAGGAAGAGCCUUCUGAAGAAAAUGGAGAAGCUGCACUUAAGGAGCUGCAAUUUAAGGAGUGGUCAGUCAAAGGCCAGACCCAUAAUAAGUGAACCUGUUCUUCUGGAAGGACUUAAUGAAGAAAAGAUGAAGAUGCUGAACUGUGUAAAUAUUUCUGACCUCUCUGGCAUCCGAACAAAGAACAAUUCUUCCUUUUCUCCCCAGAGCUGCAACAGCAGCAAUCAGUCUGUAAACAGCAGCACAGGGAGCACUCCAAGCCCUGUUAUAAAACCAGGCAGCCCCUGUGGAGGAAGGGGGACCUGUGCAGAGCACAUGGACACCAGCAAGCUGGGGAAUGAUCGAUCCCAGCAAAACCUAAAAAAUGACACGACGGUACAAAAGAGCCAGAUGUUUCAAAUACCACAAGGCCAUAAACCUGGCACCUUCCCCACAGUACUUACAGACAGCUCCCUGUGUCCAGCAGACAGCUCUUCUGUCAACUGGAGAACAGGGAGCUUCCACGGGUGCAGGAGGAGCCGGAGCAGAAGUGGUUCCAGGGGCGCCAGGAGCCCCGUGCUGGGCAGGGAUCACAGGCUGAGUGUGUAUGACAACAUGCCCAGCCCUGACCUGCAGGGUCUGGAGGCCGCGCAAAUCGGCGACGACGACGUUUUCUCAGAGCUGAACAGUGUCAUAGCAGAUGUCAAUGGUCUCAAGAAGCUGGUUGAUCAGUGGACAGAGAAGUUAUCAGAUGAUGGGGAUUCUGACUUUGCCAGUGACUUGACCUCUUUGUAUCCACCCUCCCCUAAAGAAAGCUCUGUAGAAACAGAGGGCUCAGAAGAUAAGACAGCAGGGGAGGCUGAGGGAGAGAGCAGCUGUGGCCUGGGCAAGGAGAUUGGCUCUGCAGACCUGACAUGCAUCACAGACUCUCAAAAGACCAACAGGCACGGGAAGCAGCACUGGUCUGUGGAAGAGAACCUGGAAAGCCUUUCCCUCCAGACUGAUGGCCAGUCAGCUGCCCAGCUGGCCCGCACACAAAAGCUGGCACUGUUGAAACUCACAGCUUUAAUGGACAGAUAUUCCCCUUCCAGUAAGCAGGGCUGGAACUGGACCAUACCAAAGUUCAUUAAAAAGCCAAAAGCCUCAGACUACAAGGACAAAAAUGUGUUUGGGGUUCCUUUACUUCUGAAUGUGCAGCGAACAAGCCACCCCCUGCCCAAUGGCAUCCUGCAAGCCCUGGAGUAUCUGAGAAGCCACUUUCUUGACCAGGUUGGCCUGUUCCGAAAAUCCGGUGUUAAAUCCAGGAUCCUGUCUUUAAGAGAAAUGAAUGAAACCAACCCAAACAAUGUCUGUUAUGAGGGGCAGUCAGCAUUUGACGUGGCAGAUAUGGUGAAGCAGUAUUUCCGAGACCUUCCUGAGCCUAUAUUCACCAGCAGGCUCUGUGAAUCCUUCCUCCACAUCUACCAGUACGUGCCGAAGGACGAGCAGUUUCAGGCUGUCCAGGCUGCUAUUCUGCUUCUCCCAAAGGAAAACCGAGAAGCUUUGAAAAUCCUCCUGUUCUUCCUGCGAGAUGUGGUGGCUUUUGUUGAGGAAAACCAGAUGACCCCAACCAACAUUGCUGUCUGUCUGGCACCUUCUUUGUUUCACCUCAACACCCUGAGGCGGGACAGUUCCUCCUCCUCAACCAGAUCCAGCCAGAGGAAGUGCAGCUUGGGGAAGCCAGACCAGAGGGAGCUGAACGAGAACCUGGCAGCAACGCAGGGCUUGGCCCACAUGAUAAUGGAGUGCAACAGGCUCUUCCAGACUGACUUCCCAGCUUGACCGCGGCCUUUGCCCGUCAUUAUGGACUUGCCUAGUGAUCCUUAGACUGUGGCUGACCCUGGUUGCUGUCCCUGGACCUGAUCCUGACCUCCCUUCCUGGCUGACUCACCUUCCUGGCUCCACCUCGGACCUCAUCGCCGUGGAUGUGUCUGAUGAUCUUUGCUCUUGGCUGACCCUGGCUGCCACCUGUGGCUCAGCUCCGGCAGUGUGGGACAGGGCAGCUGCCCUGCCAGCCUUGCUGUCCCACCUGACCCUUGGCCCCUUUCCCUCAGGGGUGCUGUCCACACUCCAACAGUCAGCUCAGACCUUCUAAUCCUCUGCUCCAGCUGCUUGUCUGGGCAGGGGACACUGCCCCUUGGCUCCCCUGCACUGACACAUGGACCCAGCACUGAUUCCACAGCCAGUGCCUGGCUUGAGUGACACCCCACCCCAGGACAGCUGAGGUUCCCAGGGGUCUGAUCCCUGCAUGGCAUCAGUCUCCAGCCCAGACAGGGCUCCUAAGUGCCCCUCUCCACCCCCAGCCCAUCCAUGGGCCCCUGUAUACCCCGCAGUGGCCUGAACCCCUGUGCCCAGCUCUGAGGCCCUUGGAGUGCCCUGACACCACCUCCUGCCCUGUACCCUCUGGUCAGCCCUGGCAGCACAGAGCUGGCCCUGUUCCUGGCUGCAUGGCCCCAUGGAAUAGCCCCAUGGAACUCUGAGCUACCCUUGCACACAUGGACACUCCCCACCCCCCUGCUCUGACCAUUGCUGACUCCAGCCCUGAGCUGUGGGGCUGCCCCUCACCCCGGGGUGCUGCUGGUGUCACCCCCUCCCUGCCAGGGUAGGCACUGGGUGCUGGACUCAGGGAUUGCCUGGAGAGGGCUGUCCCCCUUCUGCUGGAGGCCACAGCUCAGCGUGGCAGCCUGUGCCAUGCCCGUGCCUGGAGGAACACCUGGGUCUGCUGCUCUGGGCCCAGAGCUGGACUGGUCACUGUGGCCACCACUGGACUGCGGCUGACGCUGCUUCUGCCACUGAAGUGGCCCCGCGAGCAGGACCCGGCUCGUCACCGCUGCCACCCGGCGUGGCCCCAGGUAAAACUGCUGCCUGCCUCCCCGCACCAUCACAGAUGACAUCAAAGCCUGGGUGACCUGCUCAUACCUGGCACCUAAGGGAACCGCUACAUCCUCUGCACAGGCUUAAUCCCCAGGAUGUCGAAUCCUUUGGCCAUGACACUGGCAGUGGCUUCGCACAGCAGCAGCCUCCACAUGUUCACCUUCACGAUCUGGCCUGGAAAACACAGACAGAGGAGCUGGAGUAGCUGCUCAGAAGAACAGUACCUUCCCCAGGGGAAGCCCCUCCACCCAAAUCCGGGUCCUGGACUGGCACAUGGAACCCUUCCUGCUCUCCCCAAACCAGGCAGACUGACCACCCCUCCUGCUUCCAGGUGCCUGGCUGCUCUCAACUCUACUCAACCUUCCUGCUCAGUCAUAACACGGGCUCUGCCAGUCCUCCCACAUGGACACAGUAGUGUGACAACAGCCUUUCCAACAGGAUUAACAUCCCUGGAGAUGGAUGUAACCACAGGAUGUAACACAGGCACACUCAGCACCCCAUGGCAAACACUCACCAGUCUGCCUGUCCUUCUCAACACAGUAGCAGCUGUCGUAGAACUCGGUGAAGGUGGUGGCCAGCUCAUACAGAUAGUCACAGAGUGUGUGCAAUAACAAGUCCUCCAGGAUCUUCUGCAGGAUCUCAGGAAACCUCAGGAUGCACUUGCCCAGUUUCCACUCCUUCUCAUGGUCAAGGAGAAGCACCUCCUCCCUGGCUGCCUUCCGCAGCAUCUGCUCAUCGAUAUUGGCCAGGCGAGCAAUUGCCCUGGAAUGGAACAGUCUGCUUGUGAGGGUCCCACUGCCCAGCCUGCCCGGGGCCAGCCUGCUCACCUGUCUGGCCUGGCUCAGGGCUGGGUGACCAGGCCAAAGAGGACAGUCAGCCCUCAGUCCAGGAGGGCACUGCAGAUGAACAGGGAGGGAUGGGCUCUAGGCACCUGCAUCAGCAAGGACAGCUGAUACUGCCAAGCAAACCAGGGCUCAGGGUGCCAGAAAAACAGGUGUGGCAAUACCUGAGCUGAGCAGCUGCUGGAACACAGAUUCAUCCUUUUCCAACCACCUAAAUACUCUGCAGGAACUCCCACAGUUCCCUCCCUGGACUGUGUGUCACACAGAGGAGCCAUUUCAGGUGGCAAUGGACACAUCACGUGCAAUGACAAAUAAAAUCUUGUCUGUGGUGCAUAACAGUGUAGAUGGCUUCUCUUACCAAACGCCCCCUACAGCACUGAUGUGCCUGUCACCCUUUUGCCCACAUGUCCCUUUGUGACACAGAUGCAGAGAGCACCAGCUCCUGCAGCUCCCUGCAGCCCACGCACCUGAUGCGUGUGAAGGCAUAGAGCAGAUAGGCAGCUGUGUUCCCUCGGUCAUCCAGCAUCUUGUCAAAGGAGAACACGUAGUCGUUGAGUCUGUUGUGGGACAGAUCUGCAUAUUUAAUGCACCCAAAAGCCACCGACGUCUGGGCAGCUUUCAGCUCUUCUGGCGUCAGGACCUGGUGCAAUUUCCAAACAGGCAACAGUCAAGAGGAAGAAUGAAGCACAACGCACAGCCCUGGCCUCUCAGCAGGGCUCAGGAGGAGAGUCCAGGCUGCUGAGGGCAUUUACCCCUGUGGUGCUCAGUUCACAUGCACCCCUCUGCUUCAGGGCACCAGACAACCCCACACCCACCCCUCACUACUCUCCUGCAAUCCACUGGCACCACAGCCAUGCACAGGUUAGGGCUGACUCCCUUCUGACAGCCCACAGGACCUCUGUGCCCCACAACCUGCCAGGUGUGAUGUGCUCUGCCCUGCCUCUUACACGUACACAAAGUAAAUGUUGGUCCUCCUACCCUUAUGGAGCAUUUUGGUCAAUCCAAACAAUAACAAACCCCUCUCUGCUGGAACAGUGGCAGUAGGGCAAAGCACUUUGUGGCUGACUCCUAUGAGCCCUUUAGAGAUUUUCAAGGUUUUUUUUUCCUUGCUUCCUCAUGUUCCUGUUUCAAAAGGGACUUUUCACUUUCACUACACUACUCUUCCCAAUUCCAGUGCCUCAUACUGUGCUUGGACAGAGUUUGGUCUUUCUGUUACAUUCCACGUCCCACACUGUCCAGUUCUCUGCAGGCAGCAAGAGGGACAGAAAUCUCAUUAAGCAAUGCAGAGACCAUAAGUGUGUGAACACAUCUGGGAAGUCCUCAGGAAAGACAAACAUUUUGUCACAACUACCUUGUCCCGUUCCUUGUCUUUCAGCUUGUCCAUGGCUCGUUUCAGUCCUUCCUCCAGCAGGUCUAUGAGACGCACCGUGUCCCCUGAACGAGUUUUGAACUUCUUCCUGAAAACACACAGCCAAAAUGACCACCUGUAUAAGAGGCAAAACAAUUCCACCCUCUGCCUAGUGCCCAGCAAACUUAGGAAAAAAGCAAAGACAAAUCCUUUUGUAUUGAAGGAAUUGCUAUCACAUGGACAGCUCCAAAACGGAGAGAGCACCCACAGCAUGGUCAGCAGGAAUGGCCAGGAAGGAUUCAACAGUCAGAACUGUCCAGUUCCAGGCAUUAAGCAGCACACAAUACCAGUACCAGAUUUUUCCCAACUUUUGUUUCAUCUACCAUGAAAUAGGUAGAAAGUAAUGAAAAUCAUGGCCUUUACCACUGCCAUCUCCCAGUACCACAUUAACUUCCACCAAGUGCCCCUCGCCAAAUGCCAGGCAGCAGAAGCCAGGCCAGAGAGGGAAUGUGACCACAGCAGCAGUGACAGUGAAGAUCAAGGACAAUGACACAGAACACAAGGACACAGUUAUGGGUAACAGCACAGGACUCAGUGCUUUCUUUUGGGUUUUUUUUUGGUGUGCCACAUAUGUACUUGUCAACAAAUGAGGGCAAAUCUCCUGCAUUCACUCAAACUUUCUUUCCAAGGUACAGACAGAGAAAAAAGUACACCCAGACACUUACUUGUCUUCUCCCAGCACCACUCCAAAGGCAGCAUGGGCCACUCUGGUGACUUUGGGAUCAUACCAGCCAAUCAUCUGUCCAGCUGCAAACACUGUUUGGAGAUGCACAGACUGCAAGAAAAUAAAACACCAACAACUGGUUCUCAAUCUACUCCUCCAGGUGCAGUUUUUCAUAGCUUUAUCCUAGUCACAAUGAUGCUCUCACAAUAAGACUUAAAGUGUUUCCAGCUCCACAGACAAAUUCUGCUUUGAAAAGUUCAACCUUUCCAAGAGUUUUCUAGCUCUACAGAAGCAGCAAAUGGCUAAUUCCCAUCACUGCUAUGCCAAUCACACUGAAGACCCUGUGGUGUUCUACCUGUGUUAGUGUUGCAUCCAUCAUGUCACACACUUUGUGCUGGCCAGCACCAACAGUUACAGCAGAGGGUGCUGAACUCACCUGGCCACUAUCAACAACGUAGAUGAGGAUGUCACCCUUCUCUUCACACAGCCUGUGCUUCAGAGCAGCCAGGUCUGAUGUGUCAUACGUGUAACCUCCGUCCGAUUUCAUGAUUGUCAGCGGGACAGGGAAACCCGGGACGAACACGACCUUCCGGCCGUCAUCAACCUGGACAAAUCCUGCCAAAGCAGUGGAAAACAUCCCGUGCUGAGUCACACCAGGGAGCUUCUGGGCCAGCAGCAACACCUCCCCUCCCUGCUGCUACCAGGAAGAAAAGGCCACACACUCACAUAAUCAAUAAUAUGAAAAAACCUACGUGAGAACUCCCUUGUCAACACAAGUCCCAUUUUGUACAGCACUUCCAGAACUAUGCACAAGGAAGCAGCUCUGCACAAAUGUGGCCUCACCAGGAAAGACCUAAUUCAAAAACUCCCAUCAUUUGCAUCCAGAUCUGCCUCUACAGCAACAAACCCAUCACCAAAGAUGGCAUUGAAGGCAACAGAAACUCUACAGAGGUAUGAUGACAACUCUGCACAAAGUCUUUCUGAGGUGAGACAGAACACUUCAGAUGGUGAGAUUCAAGAACUGCAAAAUCCACACAGGAGCACAUAAAACCAGAGACUUUUUAUGCUGCAUUUGGCUUUUUGCCAGUUUCAAAGUCAACAUGAUCCCAAAAUCCCACUGUCUUCACAGAGAUUGCUCAAAGUUCCCACAGUCACAACACUAAGACUGGGAAGUCUCUCAUAUAUUGCUCCUUGACUGUUUACUCAGAAUACAAUAAAUUCCAUUAGUACCCCGUGCUACUGCUUACAUAUCUCACAGACAAACUGCUUUUGAUAUCGGCAAGAAAGAUUCAGGCCUUCUGGAAUGAGGAAAAGCCACAAAAUGUCCUCUUAGGAAAUGUGGCUGAGAAAAAGAAGCAAACAUGGGGAAGAUGCAACUUGAAAAGCAUCAGCCCUAAGCCCUGCUGAAUAGGAUUGAGGUCAUGCUCAUGCUCAUCCUCACAGCUGCAGAACUUCUAACCCAAGACCAAAAGCCUCACCUUUAUCUUCAAAUUCUUUCACAAUGUCUUUCAUCAUCUCAUGGUAGAAGGAUUCCCCUCUCUCUAUGAUUGUGAUGUCCAAACAAUUGUAGAUUUUCUGGAAUUCUUGAGGGAAACAGAACAUAAUACUUACAUUAAAGGCACACAGUGGGAACCAGUGGCAUGUUUAGCAGUGGGUACAGCAAGGCCCCAAAAGCAUUAUCCAUUUCUUGGUCAAGGCAUCAGACUAGGACUCAGGAGACAAAAGAUUUAGCUGGAAGUCUCCACUUAAGACAGCCCAGUACUUUGGUUGUACUGGCUUUCUGCUUUCAGCUGCUCUUAGCAGUGUGGCAGUGAUUUUCAAGGGAAAACAGAAGGGUGUGCUCAGACAUAAAGUGAGGAAAGCCACACUGUUCUACAGCUGAGACAUGAUUCCAGAUGUGGCGAAGUCACCUCUGCGUGACACGUCACAGAUGAGAUUCCAGGCUUUAAUGAAGUCAGGGUUUUUGCUCUGCAGCAGCACCACACAUUGGUAAGCUCGCUUCUUAAAUUCCUCCUCUGUGUCAAACCUCUGCUU